AUGGCGGUUGAGCUGCUGGUGGCCAGGGGCCUGGAGUACGAGGUGCUGGGCAUCGCCGCACUGCCCCUCAGACAGAUCCUUGAGGACCAUGAUUUGGGGGCCGGCCUCGGGGAGGGCCGCGCAUACCAUUACGCAGACAUCAGGGGCGCGGCAGGCCACCUCAUCGGCCGCCUGCGCUACGGCUGGCGCGCCCCGCGGCCGCUCACGAGCGCGGUGCUCGCCCACAAGAACAGCAUCCGGCAGCAGAAUGCAAGCGUGGCGGGCGGAACGGAGGCGGCGGCCGCAAAGGGCGGCGGCGGCGGCUGCAGCGUCCUGGGAGCGGCGGCGGCGGCGGCAGACGCGGACCCGGCGCGCAGCGCGCGGCUCCGGGUGUCGCUGUCCGCCUGCGAGGGCCUCGUCUUUGGCGGCGGCGGCGGCGGCGCUUCGGCCGCUGACGUCAGCGUGCGGCGGCCGUACGUGCGGUACAGCCCCCCGGGGCGCCCUGGGUGCGCGUACAACUCGGCGUGCGGCGAGGGGCCGGCCCCUGUGUUUGGGGAGGAGGCGGAGUGGGGGCUGGCGCGGGGGCCUGAGGUGGAGGUGGCGCUCGAGGGGGAGACACUCGAGGUGGCCGUCUUCGAUGACUCAGAGCAGGACGCGGCCGCGUCCAUCGUCGGCGUGGCGUCCGUGCCGCUCGCGCCGCUCGCACGCGGCGGCAAGGUCGAGGGCGCCUUUGCCCUGCGCCACCCGGCCAGCGGCGCGUUUGCGGGGCGCGUGCGGCUCGGCGUGUGCUGGGCGGAGCCAAUGGGACGUCCCCUGGGGAGCGGCGGCGGGGGCGGCUCACAGCGGAUGGGGGCAGGAACACAGCAAUGUGAGGCGGAGGCGACGGUGUGUCAGACGCUGCCCCCUCCGAAUGGUCUGCAGCAGCAGCAGCAGCAGCAGCAGCAGCAGCAGCAGCAGCAGCAGCAGCAGCAGCAGCAGCAACAGCACCAUGGAGUGGCAAGCGCACGGGAGCCUCCCCAGGUUGCAUUCGGUGAGGGGCUGCACGCCCCGGCGCUGCACGCCGCAUCACAGCCACCACCUGUGCAGCUGCAUGCCGAGCAGGUGCAGUGGCAGGAGCAGCAGCACCAGCAGCAGCAGCCGAGCACAGGCCCCGCCUUCCUGCAGACGGCCCAGUACCCUGUCAGCCUGACGCCGCCACCAGAGGUGCACGCGUCAGCAGCCGCGGCUGCAAGCGCCCCUAUCCCUCUUGCCCUGGCCGGCAGCAGCUUGAUACCGGCGCGCCUGCCGCGCACGUCUGGCGGCGCCGCAGCGGCGGCGGCUGUUGCAGCUGUUGGGAUGUGGGAGGAGCGAGCGCAGCUGCAGCUGCAGGCAUUGCAGGCAGAGCAGCAGCAGCAGCAGCAGCAGCAGCAGCAGCAGCAGCAGCAGCAGCAGCAGCAGCAGCAGCAGCAGCCCCCUGGCCACCCGUUGUUGCAGCUGCAGCCGCCGCAGUCCAUCUUUGGGUCAAAAACGCAGCCGCGGCAGGAGCCUCAGCUGGAGAAUUUGCCACCACAGCCGCAGCCGCAGCCGCCGGAGCCUUCCAAACAGGGGAAUCAACCGGGCUGCCCGACUGCUUCCGCUCCUGAGGGGCUGCAUGAGGAGGCGGAGGAGGGACCGCAGGGCUCGGAGCAGCAGCGCGGCUGGCAAGCAGAUGAGCGGGAGCAGGCAGACGAGCAGCAGCAGGAUGAUGAGGACGAGGUCGUCUUGACCCACCCCCUAGAGCUGCCAACGGCGUUCGACGGCUGCGCCGACGAAGGCACCGACGAAGCGGGCGCCACCGACGAUCCGGGGGCCGAGGGGGAAGACUGGGUCAUGGCGCGCGUCAGCCCGCAGCGGCCGGCGGCCGGCUGGCCCCUGGAGGCGCGCGCGGUUUAUUUCCGGGUGGAUGGCCUGCGGCUUUCGCCCGAGGCGCUGGGCGACCCCGGGCUGAUGCGGACGCUGGCGGUGGCGCACAGCUUCCUGGAGGACUGGACCGACGCGGCGGCCCAGUGCAGCGAGGGCGUCGCCAAGGGGGGCGGCGUCCUGUCCCUCGGCUACGCGGCCGCCUACCAGCUCCUGUCGCCGGACGGGACCCCCACCCCGGCCGGGCGCGCGCUCGCGGGGCAGCUCGCGGCGGCGGAGCGCGGUGAGGGCGAGCGCGUGGUCCUGCCGGUGCUGCUGGCGGCCAGUGAAGAGCAGGCCAUCACCGACUUUAGCCAAGUGGACUGUGUCGCGACCUGCGAGGUGGACCUCAGCACAAUCUGGGAGGCGCAGGGGCACGGCAGUGCUGACAUCAUCGGCGGCGGCGGUGACAUCAUCGCCACCCCGUUCCAGCUGGUGCCGACGCCCGAGAGGGCGGACGCCUACCCGGGCGGCAGCGCCGGCGAGGUGGUGAUGACGCUGGUGGCGGCCAAGGCGCUGCGGGCGCUCAGAAAGGCGUGCGGCGGGGCGGCCGUGGGGGGCUGGUGA